CUCUCUUUAAUAAAUUUCUCCAUUUUAUUUUUUCCCAACUUUUAUUUUUUCCUUUACUUAAUUCCGUCAAUAAGCGUAAGAGGUUGGUAAGCCAUUUGCACGCAAUUUAAAAAAUGGCGAAACUAAACUACAUGGAUGUUUUUUGGUUCGUCCCCAACCUCAUCGGCUACUCUCGCGUCGCACUCACCGCCAUCGCCGUCUACAGCAUGUACAACGAGCACCCGACGCUCAUGUUUUUCAGCUACGCACUCUCCGAGCUCCUCGACGCAGCUGACGGCCACUACGCACGCAAACUAAAUCAAUGCAGUAAAUUCGGUGAAGUCCUCGAUAUGGUCACUGACCGCUGCACCACCACCGUUCUCCUCACCUACCUCGCCCAACUCUACCCCCUCAUGGCCCUUCCCUUCUGCUUCCUGAUCUCCCUGGAUAUCAGCAGCCAUUAUAUGCAGAUGUACGCUCAGCUUAUUACUGGCAAAACUAACCACAAGCAGAUGGACGAUAAGGCUCAUUGGAUUUUGAAGGCUUAUUAUACGGAUCGCAGGGUUUUGUUCGCUUUUUGUUUUGGAAACGAGGCCUUUUUCUUGCUCAUCUACCUGAACAAGUACUUGACCUCGUACGCGUACGCUAUUUCGGUUGCAUUUACGCUUGCUGCUUUCCCGGUUUGUGUCAUCAAGAACACCAUCAAUGUUAUUCAGUUCUACGAGUCCUCCAAGGACCUGGCUAGACUCGACGCCGCCACGCUGAACGAAGCCAACGCCAAACCAACUGCGACUACCACCACCAAAAAAUCUCUCUAAAAAUUAAUAAAUCAGUCUUUCGCAAAUCAAAAAUCGCAACCUACCAAUCCACGCAUAAGAAAAAUAAUUAAAUGACGCGAUACGUGAGGGAGAAAAAAGCAAAAAAACGAGAUGAACACUUUUAAUCACAAUAUCCAAAAAAAAAUUAAUUGGAGGACCGGGGUAUCGAUCCCCGUACUUCACGCAUGCGAAGCGCGCGC